AUGUCCAAGAAAACAACUAUUAAUCGUUUAUCCAGACGACAUUCCAAGCGUAAAUCCAUCGACUCCAUCGGUUCUGGACAUCUCGAUCCUAAUACGUCCAUCAUGGAUGAAGAACAAACAUUUUGGUGGAAUGAUUUAGAGGAGAAUACAUUUUCACCGCAUUCCAUGAUUCGUACUGAAAAUGAAACGGCUAUGCAACUGAGUAGUAAUUCAAGGGUCGAUUCUACUCAAAAUUCUACAACAUGGUGGAAAAAUUUGGAAUCUCCUAAUAAAGCAACUGCUUCAACAAGGCGUAGCGCAGCGGUUGUUAAAAAUAAUAUAUUGCAAUCUUCGACAUCUGAGUCAGAGAAAGAGUUCAUUUCAAGAAAGAAGAAGAUUAAUUUAAAAGCAAAUAGUAGGAAGAGCAUUAACAAUGCUUUUGCAAAUGCUUUGAAUGAUACCGAGGUAAUUGUUCCAUUAAAAUUACGGAUGAAGCAAGUCGACUAUGAAUUACAUAGUGAUUCAGACAGCAAAUCUUCACAAGAAAAGUUGCAGGAAAAUAAAGAGGAUAGUAAUUUGAACUCAAUUGAGAAGAUUUUCAAAUCAAAACGAAGUAUUUUUAGACCAAGAAGAGGUGGAGGUAUAGAAGAUCAAAACGCUUUUCAGGAUAUACUAACAAAAGAUGUUUUGAAUAGCAGCACGGUGGAAAAAUCAAUCGUAUUUGAAAAGGAAUCCUCGAAGCGUUCGAUGGAUCGAAAUAUUAAUGUGAGUAAAGAUCAUAUUGACGAUCAUAGGAAAUCAAUAGGAGCGCCUCAAACAAAGCCAUUAGAAAAUAUUGAAACUGAUUCCUUAACUUUAAAUGUUGAGAAGGCAGUACCUGAGACUAAUGCUGAUAGUAGUCAAAGUAGUGUUAUUCAUCGCCAAUAUUUAAAACCUAAAUCUCGCUUUAUGCAGAAGGCGCGGAAAAGCAUAGAAAAAAAUGCCUUUGCAGAUGCUCUAGCUGACAGUAACUCAAAUUCGUUUACAUCUAAUCCAAAUAAGGAAAAUAAUAUUGAUAAAUCUUCAAUGUCACGAUCAUUGCUCAGCCCUUUAAAAAGAUCAGUCAAUUUAAAGACAGCUAAGGCCAACAUCGAUAUUAUGCCUGAAAGUUCACCAGUUCGUAAAAGUCCAAGAUUAUCUUCGAGUAUAUCUAAAGAGCAGCAAUCAAACUUAUCGAUGCAAGCUAAAAAUAAUACUGAAACCAAUUUUAGCAGCUCAUCUUUGGAUAGUGAUGAAUCUCACGGACCGAAGAGGUCUAUAUUUUUUAAACCAAAAUCAAAAAUGCUAGAAAAGUUCCGUAAGCGUUCAACUAAUCCGUUCGAAGAAAUUGUUAAGCUAGGUAAUAUCAGUGAUAGAAGAAGUAAUGUUUCAAUUAAAAGUAAUCGUGCUUCUUUUAAGCGAGAAACUACAACAACAAUUAACCGAGAAAGUGAAUCUUUAGCAAUAGAGGAAGACUCACAAUCAGUAAAGAAUAAAACUAUGAGUGGGGAAAAUUCUUUUGAAACAGCUUUCGAUAUAUUAUCAAACGUCGAAAAAAGUAGAUUUGAAGAAUCUAAUAUAUUAUCGGAAGACGAGAAUGAACUAUUAGAAAACAACGUUCUUAAGAAUGCAUCAAAGUCAAUUUCUCGAAAGAAUAUAACAGCUAAAUUGUCAGAAGAAAAGAUUCCUAACCGCAAGUCCAUUAGCGAAAAAACUUUGAAGGGACAUGAACAUGCAGAUGCAAUAUCGCCCGUUGAUAAGUUAAAUACUAAUGAGAUGACAGUAAUACAAGAUGUAAGUGAUAAUAGUAAUAUCUACAUAGAUGUAGAACAUGAUUCUAGUACGUCGAUAUCAAACUCUAAUGAGGGAACUCGUUUGAUUCUACUUGAAACAUCAAAGCUUGCAAAUAUAGAAGUACAUGAAGAUAUUAAUAAUUCAUACAAUAAUAUAAAUAAAGAACAUGAUUCAGAUAUGCUCAAACAAUUAUCCAAAUCAAGCCCCAGUAAAAAAGAUCGUUUGACGAAUAACAGUUUAAGAAAUAGGUCUGAAACAGCUAUGAAUAUAGAAGUACAUGAAGUUAAUGGUAAUUUACAUGAUGCAAGUACAGAAAAUAAUUCAAGUAUGCUCGAACAAUCUAAGUUAAUUCCUAGUAAGGCAGUACGUUUAACGCGUAACAGUUUAAGAACUCUGUCUGAAAUAUCAAAGCCUGCAAAUAUAGAAGUACAUAAAGCUAUUAAUAAUUCGCGCAACGAUACAAAUAAAGACCGUGAUUCGAAUAUGCUUAAAAGCACGCGCGCGCGAUUGUCCAAAUUAAGCCGUAAUGAGGAACCUCGUUUGACGCGUAACAGUUUAAGAAAUCGGUCUGAAACACCUGUGAAUAUAGCAGUACAUAAAAUUAAUGAUAAUUUACACGAAACAAGUAGAGAACAUGAUUCAAGUACACUCGGGCAAUCGUUUACGUUAACUUCUAGUAAGGCACGACGUUUAACGCGUAACAGUUCAAGAACUUUACUUGAAACAUCAAAGCCUACAAAUGUAGAAGUACAUGAAGAUAAUAAUUCGUACAAUAAUAUAAAUAAAGAACAUGAUUUAGAUAUGCUCAAACAAUUAUCCAAAUCAAGCCCUAGUAAAAAAGAUCGUUUGACGCAUAACAGUUUAAGAAAUAGGUCUGAAACAGCUAUGAAUGUAGAAGUACAUGAAGUUAAUGAUAAUUUACAUGAUGCAAGUACAGAAAAUAAUUCAAGUAUGCUCGAACAAUCUAAGUUAACUCCUAGUAAGGCAGUACGUUUAACGCGUAACAGUUUAAGAACUCUGUCUAAAAUACCAAAGCCUGCAAAUAUAGAAGUACAUGAAGCUAUUAAUAAUUCGCGCAACAAUACAAAUAAAGAUCGUGAUUCGAAUAUGCUUAAAAGCACGCGCGCGCGAUUGUCCAAAUUAAGCCGUAAUGAGGCACCUCUUUUGACGCGUAACAGUUUAAGAAAUCGGUCUGAAACACCUGUGAAUAUAGGAGUACAUAAAAUUAAUGAUAAUUUACAUGAAACUAGUAGAGAACAUGAUUCAAGUACGCUCGGGCAAUCGUUAACUCCUAGUAAGGCAGGACGUUUAACGCGUAACAGUUCAAGAACUCUACUUGAAACAUCAAAGCCUGCAAAUGUAGAAGUACAUGAAGAUAUUAAUAAUUCGUACAAUAAUAUAAAUAAAGAACAUGAUUCAGAUAUGCUCAAACAAUUAUCCAAAUCAAGCCCUACUAAAAAAGAUCGUUUGACGCAUAACGGUUCAAGAAAUCAAUCUGAAACACUGAAGUCUAUGAAUAAAACUAUAGAAGUCUAUGAGCGGUCUAUGAACUUGAUUCCUAAUAAUGAAGAAGACAAUAAUGUCGAAACAUUAAAAACAAGUAAAAGUGGUCCGUUGCACAUAAUAACGAGAGAAGAAAUACAUUCUAAAGAUAAUACAAAUACAGGAACACAGAAAAGCACUAGUCUGUCAACUGAAAUGGAAAUGACUGAUGGCGAAGAUGCAGAAUCUGCGAAACAAACAAUUCAACAAAAUUCUUUAACGAAGCCUGGAACCAGUAAAACAGUAAAUUGGCAAAGUGUGCAGAGUUCAAGUAGGACCAACAUUAUGAACAACAGAGAAAUUGCACAUAGACAAAAAAGUUUGGAUAAGUCUCAAAAUGACAGUAUACCGACUAAAUCAUCAAGUAAAGAUAUUUCUUCCAAUAAGCAAAGUUCAUCCAAAUCAGUGAGAAAAAUAGAUGAUUUUUUCAAAGUAAAAGAAACUGCGAUGGAACAAAGCAAACGCGCGCAAAAGUUGCAAGUCUCUGGCAAUGAGAAAAUGAAGAACCUUAAAAUGGAAUUAGAGGAAAUAAAGAGUCGCAGGAUGGCCGCGAUGAAAAUGAACCCGACAGGUGAAAAAAAAUCUGCAAUAAAACCGAAAAGAGUGAAAUUAAUUAUGCCUAAACGAGAUACGAAGAAGAAGAAACUCGAGAAUUCUGCGACAGUAGUAGAUAAGGCAUUUCUAGUAAAUGGAAAGGUAUAUAAACCACCGAGACUUCCUCGUCCGAAACAUUGGGUCACAAAUCGUCUUUAUAAAUUUCUGUGGAAACGCAUGGAGUCGAAAUACAAAUUAAGCACAAGAGUAAAGUCUGAGAAAUUUAUGCAGAAAUUAGUUGAGACAGUAGCUACUGUUGAGCGUUGUAAGAAUUACGAAGAUUAUGACACCGAACUGGAGGCUCUGAUGAAGGAAAUGGCUCGUUUGAAAAUUAUCAAUAAUCGUAUGGACUUUUAUCAUUUCUGUCAGGAUUUUUUACCAUAUGAUUUUCGUAUUAAGGCCAUACCUAUGCUAUUGCCCGGCAAUAAAAUUAAUAUUCCUUACAACCCAGAAAAUGUGUACAUUCCUUUACUUGAUACGAAUGAGCAAUCGCUGGAAAUAUAA